AUGUCUUUUGUGCCAACCGAACUUCCAGCCUGGAAAGAGCUGCAGGAGAUUUACGACUCCUACGGUAAGGACUUCUCUUCGAAGGAUGCCUUUUCCAAGGAUGCUGAUAGAUACGAGAAAUUCUCCAAGACCUUCACCAACUUCGACGGAUCCAAGAUUUUGUUUGAUUACUCCAAGAACCUGAUCGAUGAGAAGAUCGUCGCCAAGCUGAUUGAGCUGGCCAAGCAAGCCAAUGUUGAGAAGCUCAGAGACCAGAUGUUUGCCGGUGACAAGAUCAACACCACCGAGAACAGAGCUGUUUAUCACGUUGCUUUGAGAAACAGAGCUAACAAGCCCAUGUAUGUCGAUGGCGUCAACGUUGCUCCUGAGGUCGACUCUGUGCUGCAGCACAUGAAGGAGUUUUCGGAGAAGGUCCGUUCUGGUGAGUGGAAGGGUUAUACCGGCAAGGAAAUCACCGACAUCGUCAACAUCGGAAUUGGAGGUUCAGAUUUGGGUCCUGUCAUGGUUACCGAGGCCUUGAAGCCAUAUGCCCAUCCAAGAAUCAGUGUUCACUUUGUGUCUAACGUUGAUGGUACUCACAUUGCUGAGACUCUGAAGCCAUUGAACCCAGAGACCACUCUGAUCCUGGUUGCGUCCAAGACCUUCACCACUGCCGAGACGGUUGCCAAUGCUACCUCUGCAAAGAACUGGUUCCUGAAGACCGCCAAGGACGAGUCCCACAUUGCCAAACACUUCGCUGCCUUGUCCACUAACGCCGAGGAAGUUUCCAAGUUCGGCAUUGACACCGCCAACAUGUUCGGUUUUGAAAGCUGGGUCGGUGGAAGAUACUCUGUUUGGUCUGCCAUUGGCCUCUCUGUUGUAUUGUAUAUUGGAUACGAGAACUUUGACAACUUCCUCAAGGGUGCCGAGGCCGUUGACAGACACUUUGUCGAGACUCCUUUGGAGGAGAACAUCCCACUUCUGGCCGGUUUGAUUUCUGUGUGGUACAACAACUUUCACAAGGCUCAGACCAGACUGGUUGCACCUUUUGACCAGUACUUCCACAGAUUCCCAGCCUACUUGCAGCAGUUGUCCAUGGAAUCUAACGGUAAGUCCGUCAACAAGGCCAAUGUGUUCACCAAUUAUGAGACUGGUGUGAUUCUUUUUGGUGAGCCAACCACAAACGCGCAGCACUCUUUCUUCCAAUUGGUGCACCAGGGUACCAAGCUGAUUCCAUCUGACUUUUUGUUGGCUGCUCAGUCCCACAACCCAAUUGAAAACAACAAGCACCAGAGAAUGUUGGCAUCCAACUUCUUUGCCCAGGCUGAGGCUCUGAUGCAAGGUAAGAACGAAGACCAGGUCAAGGCCGAGGGAACUACUGGUGGUUUGGUUCCACACAAGACGUUCAGUGGUGACAGACCUACCACCUCAAUCCUGGCACAGAAGUUCACCCCAGCUGCUUUGGGUGCCCUGAUUGCGUACUACGAGCACCUAACCUUCACCGAGGGUGCCAUCUGGAACAUCAACUCUUUUGACCAGUGGGGUGUUGAGCUGGGCAAAGUGUUGGCAAAGGUCAUCGUCAGCGAGUUGGAAGACGAAACUCCAGUCAAGACCCACGAUUCGUCAACCAGAGGCUUGAUCAACCAGUUCAAGAACUGGGCUUAG